AUGUCUUCAACUAAAUCUGAGUUCGAGAGACUACCACGAAUAUAUGAGCCCCAGGUCUACAUUCUUGAGCUCUAUCCAAAUGCAAGAGACUUCACUUUCUGCGGCAAGGUGACAAUCUGUAUGGCCCUCACGCAGCCCACUAACUCAAUUGUUCUCAACGCCAAAAAGAUUGAAAUUGUAUCUGCAAGGGUCUCGAAUUCAGCGUUGAAGUCGGAACUAAUAGCUCCCACAAAGUCAAUCGUGUAUGAUGAGAAACAAGAGAAAGUAACAAUAAACUUUGACUCCAAGUUGGAGAAAGGUGAUGCUGAUUUGUGCCUUGAGUACAAAGGCAUUUUAGCCGAUGACAUGCAUGGUUUUUAUCGCAGCACCUACAGGGAUUCCAGUGGGGAAGAGCGUGUUAUUCUCUCCACCCAAUUUGAGGCUACGUAUGCUCGUCGUGCCUUUCCCUGUUUUGAUGAACCUGACAGGAAGGCCAAGUUUCGCAUUUCCAUGGUCAUUCCUGACCACCUGACCGCGUUGUCGUGCAUGCCUGAAGUAUCGCGGAAUCCAGUGGAAACGUGUGAAUUGCAGAAGUAUGGCCUACCGACAGCCACCUCGCAUCCGUACGUGAAAGUUGAUUUUGAUGAGACACCACUCAUGUCCACGUACAUCGUGGCCUUUGUGGUUGGGCGUUUCGACUACACUGAGGCGCGGGAUGUGAACGGUGUCCGAAUCCGAGUGUACACACCGCCCAAUCGCUCCUAUUUGGGUGCGCACGCCCUAAGGAUGGCGAGAAGUGCCCUGCCAUUCUUCACGGAGGUAUUUGGAACGGGCUACCCUCUGCCAAAGUUGGAUCUAGUCGCGAUUCCGGACUUCGCGAUGGGUGCAAUGGAGAAUUGGGGGCUGUUGACCUAUCGAGAGACGCGGUUGUUGGUGGACGAGACGGGGUCGUCCCUGAUGUCCAAGCGUGGCGUGGCGUUGACUGUGGCCCACGAGGUAGCUCACAUGUGGUUCGGCAACCUGGUCACCAUGAAGUGGUGGACUCACCUUUGGCUGAAUGAGGGCUUCGCCACGUGGAUUGAGUACCUGGCCGUGGACCACUGUUUUCCGGAGUACGAUAUCUGGACUGUCUUCCUCACUGACGAGAUAUCCAACGCCAUGGCAACAGAUGAAUUGAAGACCAGUCAUCCAAUAGAGGUGGAAGUUCAUUCUCCUGACGAGGUGGCCGAGAUAUUCGACGCUGUUUCCUAUAAAAAGGGCUCCUCCAUCAUUCGUAUGAUCAACGACUACGUGGGACCGGAGAAAUUCAUGAAAGGUCUUCAACUCUACAUCCAACGUCACAAAUAUGGGAACACGACGACAGAUGAUUUGUGGAAUGCAUUGUCCGAGGUUUGUGGUGAAGACGUGGGCAGUAUCAUGUCCACGUGGACACGGCAAACGGGUUUUCCCGCCUUGACGGUGCACAAAGUGUCCGACACUGCUGAAGACGGGCUCGUCAUUUCCAUUCAACAGGAUCGCUUCCUCGCGGAAGGCGGUUAUAGCGAUGAUACGUCGGAAUGGUAUGUGCCGGUGACCAUUUGUGAGGCUGCAGAUUCGACCAAAAUUUUGAAGCGUGUGUUGGUACCACCCUCAGCACGGACGCAGGCAUUCAGUGUGCACCUGCCUAGUGGUUCGCAAAUUCGGCUGAACCCGGGUGCUGUGGGGUUCUAUCGUGUCCAAUAUGAGGGCAGUUUGAUGGGACCGAUUUUGGAGGCGUUGGGAGAAAGGCGGUUGGAGAAUCGUGAUCGACUCUGUGUGCUGGUGGAUGCCUUCGCUUUGGCACGCGCUGGUCGUAUUCGAAUGACGUCUGCUCUGACAAUGGCUUCGACGUUGCGCUGUGAAGGCGAUUACAUCGUUUGGUGUGAGCUGCGCACCGAGUUGGGCAAACUUCGUAGCCUCCUUCAAGAGAGGUGCGCUACUUCUAACGACGCGUCUGGAGUGGAGGCAACCACACCCUUUGAAGAGGCUCUGAACACCUUCAUAAUCCAUUUGGCUGAGCCCCCCUUCAAACAGUUGGGUUGGGAGGCAGGCAAGAAGGAGUCCAACAAUGCGAUUCUACUGCGUCCCCUCCUCAUCGCAAUGCUGGGUGCCGCGGGUGCACCGGAGGUGGUGGCGCGGGCGACGGCUCUCUUCGACCGACACUACAAGGCGGUGAUGUCGUGUGACAAGGGCGAUGCUGAUGGCUGCGGUGCUGCGACGACUUGUGGAGACAUCAUUCCAGCGGAUCUGCGAGUUGCCGUCUACUCCACAUGCAUGCGACAUGGUGGAGAUGAUGUCUACGAGCGUCUUCUGAAUUUGUAUGAGCGAGCGACAAUGCACGACGAGCGUGUGCGCAUUCUUCACUGCGUGGGCUGCACGGGUCAAUCCGCAUUGGCGAAACGCGUGAUCGGACUGGCCUUCUCCGAUCUUGUGCGCAAGCAGGACCGGUUGUUUCCCCUCAUGUCGCUGUCCUCGGGCUCUGCCAUCGGUCGACGUGCUGUGUGGAGGGAGAUUCAACGGCGUAUCGACACACUGAUGGAGGACCUCGCUGCGACCAGUAUCGUGUCGCAUGUUAUCUCGACGUGCUGCAAAGGCUUUUGCACGAAGGCCGACUACGAGGAGGUUGAGGCCUUUUUCAAGGCGCAUCCAGUGCAGUGUGUGCGAGCAGUCCAGCAGGCUCUGGAGUCGAUAUCCUUGAACACGAGGUUUAUGGAUCGGGAAGGGGACAGCGUGUCGCAAUUCCUCGUCCAGUUUGCAUGUAAUAUCCCUGGUUGCGUUUGCUAG